CUUGAGGAAUAUAUGCAGCAAACACAUCAAAUCGAUGAAUUUAUGCUCCCAAUCGAUCAGAAAAAAAAACAAACUGGAGCAAAGAUUUUAAAUAGGACGAGAAGAGAGAGAGAGGGAGGUGCAGAUCGAGAGAUAGAACGAGAUGGAUUUGCAGAAGGAGCACAGAGAAAGAGAGCUGAUGAGAGUCGAGGGCCUGGUGAUCACCAUCGCCCUGCUGCUGGUGGUGGCCUACAUACUGAACCUGUACCGGUGCCGCAGUAGCUUCCUCAAGUACGCCCUCCACGCCUUCGACGCCAUCUCCGGCUCCCUGGUCACGUACACCAUCGGCUCGAUGCAGCAAAUGACCUUCGCGCAAAAGGAUUUCAACUGGCUCUGGGUGGCGCUCCUCCUCGUCCUCACCGACAGCGUUUGCCAUGCCGAUUUUGAGAAGAACAGGGUGAGCAGGUUGAAGUACGAGCUCCUCAAGAUCAUGGACUCUGUCUACACCGGCAUUCUCUACACCACCAGCGACCGCCAGAUUCUGCCGGCCAUCUGGACGAUACUGCUGUUGCACGUAGUGAAGCUCCUGUUCAGGAUGUGGGUGUUUCAGCUGGCCGAUCAGUCUUACCGGCACGGUCAGAACUCACGGCUGGUCGCUGACUACAUGAGCUACGAGCACGAAUUGAGCAGCUCCGAGAAGCCAGAUCCGAUCACCAUGAGCGGCUACAAGUACUUGGUCUAUGGCGAAGCCAAACCGGAGAACAAGCUGCAGCCUGCACCAUCGGAUUACCGGAUCGAGCUGCGGGUAGCUAAUGAGAAGAGACUGAUCACCCUGGAGAAGGUUUGGCAGUGCCGGGGAAGCCUGCUCACGACCGGCGAUCCAGAGAGCAGGCUCAAAGAUCUGUGUCUCUCCUUUGUGCUCCACAAGUUGAUCCGGCGAAAAUUCGACGACCUGCAUCCGCUGCCGGAGCCCGAUCAUGAAAAGGCCCAUCAGUUGCUUCUCGACGGUCUGCUCUUGCCCGGCCAGGACUACAGAAGAGUGUUCAGGGUGAUCGAGGUAGAACUAGCAUUCUUGAAUGAUUACUUCCACACUUUGUUCCCUGUGAUCUUGGUCACCAGAUUCAUACUUUUCAUCAGCCUUCUCGUGUUCGUCACCUUUUGCUCAUGUUGUUGGCUUCUAGUGUCGAUAAGCAGAGACAUGGAUAACAGGAACUUUGUUUAUCAUAUCAUUACCAUUUACCUUUUUGCGAUAGUCAUAGUGAAGGAGGUCUUCAGGAUUAGUAGCUUGGUAUUCUCCGACUGGACCAAGUUGUUGCUGCUGUCCAAGUAUGUGCAGUACCCUUCAUGGCAGAGGAGCCCUGCAACAGAGAAGGUAGUGAAGUUUCUGUGCAGUCGGAAACUCGUGAAGCAUUGGCAUAACAAGAUUGGUCAGUACCAUAUUCUCAAAUCAUUUAACUAUGAGCCGAAGACGAUGAACUUCAUGGAUUGUAUGAGACUGAGUAUGAAGGACGAGGAACUAAGUGGAGCAAAAGAGGGCCGCAAAAUCACAUUGCCUGAGGAAGCCAAGAUGGCCAUCUUCGAGUCCCUCCAAGCUCAAAGAGACAAGAUCAGGAACGGCGAGCCGUUGAGCAAUGGUGUGCUUUCGUUGCAGAGGAAUCAGGUGAAGAAGCUGUUGUCACGGUCGUGCAAGCUCAAAACAGAUGCACACACCAUCUUGGUAUGGCACAUAGCUACUGCUCUUUGUGAACUGGAUUUUUUUCGUCAUUACAAUGUCGAUGCGACUCCUAGUAGAACGCAUGAAUACCUUAUUCGUAUGAAAAAGUGGAUGGGCACUUCAUCGAGCGGAUCUGUGCAAAAGGAUGACAGGAAGAACCCUGAUAAAGAUCUGAAGUCAAAUUAUGUUGUUGCUUCGAGCAUGUCACAAUACUGUGCAUACUUGCUAGUCUUCCGCCCUCAGCUGCUGCGUGAGCAUCGUUUAGUUGUGAGGUUCAUAUUCGAGAAAACAAUAAAAAAGGCUCAGGAAACCUUUGAGGGUUGCUGUAAUUCUGAGCAGAUGUAUGACAGGAUGAUGGACUUGGCCAAGGAAGUCGUGGAGGAGAAGGAAGAAGAAGACGAAGUCACAGACACCUUGAAGCUGAGCGCAAAGCUUGGUUGGACAUUGAUCACAAUGAUAGAGGAUGAAGCAACUCGUUGGAAGGUGUUGGCCGAAUUCUGGGCUGAGAUGAUUAUAUACUUGGCUCCUUGCGAUAAUAAAAAUGGGCAUGCCUCAUUUUUAGAAAGCGGCGGUGAGUUCUUGACACAUAUUUGGGCUUUGCUCCAUCAUGCAGGCAUUGACAAAGUAUCGGGGCAUGGGCAUUACUCCCGUGUUCCUGAGAAGGAACAACCUUUUUUUCCCUCUGAUAUACAGGGUCUGAGGUUUCAUCAAUCUGACAGAGGCACUGAUGAACUCCAUGGUGUUUAUAGUUCUCAUCAGAAUAGCGAUGACAAUGUUUAACAAAUCCAACCAAUGCUACUUUAUGCAAUCCGAUACUUUACCAAUGAUAAUAAAAGAAUAGCAACUACUUGGUCCU